AUGAAAAAUUUAUACCAAAAAACAAAAAAUCAUUUAUUUGCAAACUGCUCAACAUUAAAUAUUAUUGGUAAAAUACCAUUAGAAAUAAAUGUGAAUGGAAUAAAAAUUACAGUUAUUGCUGAUGUUACAACAAAUCUUGUUACAAAUUUAAUAUUAGGUAGUGAUUGGACUCAAUCAAAUAACGUUUAUAUUCUUACACCUGAACAACGGCUCAUGAUCCGAAGUCGAGGUAAAGAAGUAUCAACUCCUUUUCUAAAACCACCUCUUUUAAAUUAUCCAGCUAUCCUCAUUAAUCAUAUUACUCUUCCUCGCUUUUCAGAACAAAUAGUAGAAGCAAAAAUCCAACAUAACAAUAUGAUGGAUGUAUUAUUUGAACCAAAUCCUCGAUUGAAAAACAAAGCAUUAUUUAUUGCCAGUGCAUUACUCAACAUUAAAAAUGGAAGAUUAGAAAUUUGUAUAAUUAAUGCAAUAAAUCGGUAG